AUGGCAGCAAUUCCCCUCUUCCAAUUCCUACUCUUCACUAUUUUCAGCACCCAGUUUGCUGGGUACCAUUGUCGUGGGGCCUGUGCUGAGGUGGACUCUGACACUGAGGCAGUGGCCGGCAUGGGCUUCAAACUAGGCUGCAUCUCCUGCAAGAAGAGAAGUGAAGUGAAGGGUGCUGCAACCGUCGAAUGGUACUUCCAGCCCAAAGGAGAGGCUGACUUCUUUCAAAUCUACACCUACAACGAGAACGGUCCCAUCAUUGAAAACGAUCAGUUUCAGGACCGUGUGGACUGGAACGGAAGUAAAAGAAGCAAUGACAUCCAAGAUGGAUCCAUAUACCUGCUGAAUGUCACCUUCAAUGAUACGGGCACCUACCGCUGCUUCUUCAACCGCAUCCUCUUCUACGAAAACUAUGAGUACAACACUCUCAUCAGCAAGGUGGUCCACCUCAAUGUGGUGGCUAAAGCCACCAGAGGUACAGCCUCCAUCGUGUCUGAAGUCAUGAUGUACGUGUCCAUCAUCGGCCUGCAGGUCUGGCUCCUCAUAGAGAUGAUUUACUGCUACAGAAAAAUAUCAGCGGCCGGAGAAGAAGCACUACGGGAAGCCGCAAAUGCUGAAUAUUUAGCGAUCGCAUCGGAAAGUAAAGAUAACUGUGCAGGGGUUCAAGUUGGAGAAUAGCAAAGGCUUUCACCGUGGACUGAAACCAUCCCUCCAUCCUCUGAACUGCAUGAGAACAACUUGGGGGAAAACACCUCUCCAUCUCAAGUCUCUAUUUUAUCUUUUCCUCAACAAAAGUCACAAAUUAAUAUGAAGUACAAAGAGAGCAUGGUACCAGCAUUGUAUAUGGUGUACUGCGCGCAAAAAGCAUGUUCUGCACUUAUUUGAGAAAAACCUUUUAUGCAUUAAUGAGCCACAUUAUCAAAGCAUACACUUUACUUACAGUAUUCUGUAGUCAUAUGUUUAUAUACAAUACAAGUGGUACUAUGGGAGUCUGUUGGGCUCUAUGAAGGUGAUUAACAAAGAAAGCUUUUUACUAAACCAUCACCACCUAUAUAUAUGUAUAAAUAACGAGACACCCAACAUGUAUGUUAACGCUUUUUUUUAAUAGAACGUGGUGGACUGUGAUAGACUGUCUUUUCAGUUGAUCUCCUAGUACAUUCAAUGAAACCUUAAGAUGUACUAAUAAAAACUA